GUAUAUUCUUUUUUCUAGCUGUCACUUCCCAUUUUUCACUUCUUUAACGGUUUGCAGUUCGGCGAAGCACCCUGCCAUCAGAAGCGGCGAUGUCGUCAAUGGCAUCGAAGAUCAAAGCCUACAGCGUCCCUCUCUUCCUAUUUUCCCUUUCCGUCUUCUACCAGCUCGUCGUCCUUCCUCGAUCCUUCCCUGCCUCUCAUUACGACGUUUUGGGGAUAAAGCGGUAUAGUUCUGUUGAAGAAGUGAAAGAAGCAUACGACAAGUUGUCUUCUAAAUGGAAUUCAGAAGCGGGAAUUCCUGCCACUAGUGAUUUUAUAAAGAUCCAAUAUGCUUAUGAGCUGCUGACGAAUCCUUUAUGGAAAAGGGACUAUGACAUAUUUGGCAUUGAUGAGCAAGCUCAUAUUAUGGACAAGAUUAACUUGCAACAUGCUGGGGAAAGCAUUUCAGGCAUAGAUCUUCCAUUACUAGAAGCUACUACUUUUGAUCUUGGAUUUCACACAUUUAAUGAGUUUACAUCUCAAGAGUUUGCACCUAUGUUUGAUAGUUCUAAACCAUGGCUGGUUCUGGUAUAUUCACUUGGGAGCAAGAAAUGUGCUCAAUUCUUUUCUUCGUGGAUCGAUAUCACUGGUCUGUUGGAUGGUGUUGCCGGUGUUGGUAUUUUGGAACUUGGUGAGCUUCAACUUGCAAUAUCUCUUGCUGAGAGAAAGCCAACUGGAAAAUUUUUCUUUCGGAAUGGACUUCCUUCGCUUGUUGCUUUUCCAUCUGGCUGCAAAGCAUCAGCUUGUCUUGUUAGGUUUGAGGGUGAUCUCUCCACUGAUGCAGUCAUUGAUUGGUUUGCAACAAAAGUGCUGGGUUUACCUCGCAUUUUAUACUAUUCAAAGGAAUCACUGGGACAAAAUUUUCUGGCAAAAAGUGGUCCCCACAAGGUUAAGGUCAUUUUCUUCUCAAAAACAGGAGCGCGUGCUACUCCAUUUGUACGCCAGACUGCUAAAAGUUAUUGGGCUUAUACCUCUUUUGCAUUUGUGUUAUGGCGGGAGGAGGAUUUCUCUGUAUGGUGGAAUGCAUUUGAGGUGGAAUCUGCCCCUGCUAUUGUUUUUGUGAAAGACUCGGGGGUGAAACCUGUUGUUGUCCAUGGAAUGGUCAAUAAUUCAGAGUUUUUAGAUCUUGUCGAAAAAAAUAAACAACAAGAACUUCCUCAACUAAGAAGUGCAACAUCAAUGGAACUUGGCUGUGAUGCCCGAGGCCAUUCUCGUGCUGGAAAUGAUACCAUAUCAUGGUAUUGUGUUAUUCUAGCAGGAAGGCUGGGCCCAGAACUUAACAAGUUGCGUGAAAUUAUGCGCAGGAUACAAGAACGAUUAUCAAUAGAUAGUGAAUCGAGUGAAGCUGAUAAAGAGCAACCAUUAGCAUUGACUGGUGCAUUUAAAGGCAAACGAUUGACUUUUACUUGGCUUGACGGGGAAGCCCAAGAAAAAUAUUGUUCCUACUACCUUCAUUCAGAAACCAGCUAUGAUACGUGUGGACCAAGGAGGGAUUUGAUUGAUGUACCUAAGUUAUUUAUUGUGCGCUAUAAAAGGAAUGCUUCUGAGGAUGAUAUCAAGGUUAAUACAAAGCCAAAGAAAAUAUUUAAUGUAUUUGAAGAUGAGGACGUGGAUCCUGCAUCACAACUUGUUGCCAGAUACAAUGGCUCAGAUGAAAUUUCACAGAUCAUGCUAUGGAUGUCUGAAAUAAUCAGGGAUGGUGACACCAGGAAUCUGCCCUUCUAUAGAUCAAAAACUCCUGCUCUUGUUCCUGAGGAUUCAGAGCCUAUCUGGUCAAGAGGUGCCCAAAGCAUCUUUUCCAAAAGCAUAGGAAUCAAGCAGAGGAUCUACAACAAUAUUAGCAGAAUUUACGAUUAUCUAGGGGAUCCAAGAAUCGGCCCAAUAUUACUUUUGGGAGCCUUGAUGUCGUUUGGUACCAUAUGGUUGAUUAGGAGCCAAUCCACUCAUCCUACUCAAGCAAGUCAGCUAAGCCAGUCAAAUGCGAAGGAUGAAACUAGAGCGAGGCGGAGAGAAAGAGCAAAACAUGCAGCAAAGAAAGAUCAACCUCCUUCCAUAACUGAUAGUGAACCAAAAGGUGCUUACCAGAUGCCGCUGUCAGACUCUGAAUCUGAGUAGCAAGCACAGCAAUAGAGAAAGGAAGUUACCACAGGUUGUUUUUUUUUUAGCUGAAGUCACAAGUAGCUGUUUAAAAAUUUCCUAAUCAGAACUACCCCUCCCCCCAACAUAGCAUCAAUAAAAUGAAUUUGCACCCUGGAAACAGGGUGUUUGAGUAGGGAUCUUGAUGUGAGAGAGAAGAGGACAACUCUUGAUUUACUUAAUAAUAUCUCUUUUUUCUUUUACCA